AUGCCUUCGUCCAGCACCGUCCUCGCUGUCGACGACGUCCUGCCCAACCUUAAUGCCUCCGCUCUCGCGAACCACCCGUAUUACCCGCUCGAGGUCGAGAUUGUAGGAUACUUGGCGAAUGACUGGACGGUGCCGCAUCUGCUGGGUGCUUUUGCGACUGGAUGCGCCGUCAUCUUCGCGGCGACGUACUUGGUUACGAAGAGGGUCCGGCCGGCGUUGCCCACGUCGGAGUUGCUCACCAUCAUGUGGUUUGUCCUUUGUGGCUGUAUACACCUCUUCUUCGAAGGUUUCUUCGCGUACAACUUCCAGACUUUGGGAGGAUCUCAGCACCUGUUCGGUCAGUUGUGGAAAGAAUACGCGCUGUCGGACUCGAGAUACUUGACGCAGGAUCCGUUCGUGCUAUGCAUGGAGUCGAUCACAGCGUUCUGCUGGGGCCCUCUCUCUUUUGUCAUCGCGUACAUGAUCGCAACCGAGCAUCCGCUGCGCCACCCGCUGCAGACGGUUGUCUCGCUGGGCCAGCUGUACGGCGACGUGCUCUACUACGCGACCAGCCUGUUCGACUACUUCCUCAUGAAGGUCGAGUACUCGCGGCCGGAGGCGUAUUAUUUCUGGUGCUACUUUGUGGUGAUGAACGCCUUCUGGAUAGUGAUUCCGGGAGUGUUGAUCUGGAAUAGCGUGCGGGCGGCGGGACGGGCGUUUGGGGCGCUGCAGCGGAUGGAGCGGUCGUUGAUGGCGACAAACGGGGCACUGAAAAAGAUUUCGUAG